AACAGGUCUGUUAUCUCGUACAAGACGGACCAGAAGCCUUUGUUUUCCACAGACACCGUCGCUGGCGCAGAGAGCAUGAGCAUCUAUGACGACAUGGAUGCCGACGUGCUGAGGAACUACCAGGAGUUCGCUCUGGUCAACAUCAUCUACUUGGCCCUGAAGGAGUCGUCCUGCUCCGAGCAGAGCGCCAGGAUGACCGCCAUGGACAGCGCCAGCAAGAACGCCUCUGAGAUGAUCGACAAGCUGACGCUCACCUUCAACCGCACCAGGCAGGCCGUCAUCACCAAGGAGCUCAUCGAGAUCAUCUCUGGAGCCGCCGCUCUGUAAGUCCUUCACCGUUCUGGUUUU